UUGGGCCAGAUUUUGGGCCCACUCGUUCCUCUUUCUAUCUAACCCUAUCAGUCUCCGACGAAGCACUGUUGCCACUUCCAGCUCACCGAAGCCAAACACCACCGUCGUCCCCUUUCCGACCGUCGCCGGCGGCUUUGUCGUCUUCGCCGUGAAGUCUGAAGCAGCAACAACCUCUACAGGUUUUGAUAUAAAAAAAAUAGGCAAGGAGUAGCAGUAAACAUGAACACCAUUGCAAGGCAUGCAUCUAGCUUUCUCAGAUGGACAAGCCACACCCUCGAACCGCUGAAUAACGGGCAUCACCAAUUGCAGCAACUUCAGCAGUCCAGAGGCAUACGGGUCAGGGUAAUAAAUGGGAAUGUGGAACAGGCACUUACUUUGUUGCAGCGUAAGAUGACAGCAAGUGGCAUUGAACGGAUGAUAAAGCGUGAACAGAGAUUUCAUAUCAAGAACUCUGAGAAGCGGGUUUUAGCCAAAAAGAACUUAGAGCGGAGGCUUAAAUCUGAGGAUCUUGCUAGAAAACUUAAGGCCAUUAUGAUCAAGAAAAUCAGGGGUAUGUGAGAAAGAUAUACUGGUAUAGCACAGAGAAAAGUUACUGUGAGUCAUAUUAUAGG